AUGCACAACGCUGUGAUUACUAUUCCUUAACAUGGAAAUGGCAGACUCUAUAAAACUUCAAUUUGCAGACACUUUGAAUUAGGUAACUGCUCAAUUGGAGAGAAAUGUCAAUUUGCACAUGGCUAAAAAGAAUUGAGAAAUCCCAAUGGUAUUA